UUAGACAUUGCAUGAUUACAAUUGCGUAGCAACUAUAAUUGUUUUUUUACUUAUUUUAUAGUCAUUCUGUCAAGUAAAACAUUACAUUUUGCUUACGUAAUGCUAUAUAUUAGCAUUAGCUUUUUUUAUGAAAAGUUAACCCUUUCAUUGGUCUCAAUAAGAAAAAUUUCUGUUCUUUAUGAUAGAGAAGAAUCACAAAUAUGUUGCAUGCAACCCCUUCAAAAGUUUCUGUACAUACAUUAGUCAACCGCUCGAUAUGACAUUUCAAUUGCAAAUUGUAACGUUGACAUCAGCAGAAUCAAACACGAUUAUUUUUCAGAGAAACUUUAUGAAACUUGAUCGGAAAACUUGAUCAAUAUGAGAGCAUAUUGAAUCAUCUUCCAUGGAAACGAUUUGUUGCUUUCAUUUUUAACUUUACGCACAAUGACAAGUUUAACAAGUUUAUUUUCUUGCCACAAACAUCGUAGAAUACAAUAAAACAUCGCAAAAAUAUAAAUGUAUAUUUAUUUAAUCUGCUAGCGUUAUUAGAAAACAGUCAAGUCAGAAACACGAAAAACAAUCACAAAAUAUCAUGAUUAUUGUUAUAUGCGUUGUUUUUUAAGCAAAUCAAAGUAUUACUGUACUAUGUAAUGAAAACUAUUGCUGACGGUCAUUGUCCAACGGCAGAGGGACAUGGGCAAACAUGAGUUUUACAGGAAGGAUUCUACAGGGAGAAAAGUUGAAGCCAGUCGGGUAUUCUUAGUUGCAUGAAAAAAAAAAUGUAUAUAUUGAUUGAAGCACUAUUCGAGGAAAGGGUAAUUCUGACCCUCGGUGAGCAAGUUGACUUAAAAAACUCUUCUGUUUCCCCGUUUUCGAAGUCUCUCCUUCACGCAACAACUCAAUCUUUAAUGCGCGCAAGCGCAAGCGAUCAACGAAUUUACUUUACCAGUAACUCUUAUUUGCAGCGGUCAGUCGCCAUUCAGAUUGCAUAAGGGUUUCACGACAAGAGAAUGAUACGAAACGAGCAUUAUAAAGAUGAUAUGGUUUACGUCACAAAAUUGACGAGAAACGUUUUGAGCUUACUCGGGAUCUGGCCGUAUUACAACAGGAGAAGCUCUCACGGCGAAAAACUCUGGAAAUACUUUUUAAUCUUACUCUGUUGGAUUCUUCUCUACUGCGUCCUGAUUCCCGGCAUGCUCUUCUGGGUACUUGAAAAGAGAACACGCGUCAGGGUCCAAACAAUCCCUCUGCUUAUCAAUGUCUUCAUGGCCACUGGUAAAUACGGCAAUCUUAUAUAUCGCGAGAAGAAUAUCAGUCUCUGCUUGAAGCACAUCGAGGAAGAUUAUAAGAUCGCAACUAAUGCGAAGACACGGGACACGAUGAUUAAAUCCGCGAAGAUCGGACGACGCUUAGUCACACUUUGCGCGAUCUUUAUGUACGGCAGUGGCCUCUCCUUUCGAUUGAUCCUGCCGUUUGCCAAAGGAAAAAUCGUCACUCCGCAAAACAUCACGAUCAAACCCUUACCUUGCCCGGCUUACCUUUUUUCUUUUAAUAUGCAAGUCACCCCCGUUUACGAAUUGAUUUUUGCAUUACAAGUAUUGUCCGGGGUGAUUACUUUCUCGAUAACAACAGGUUUGUGUGGUCUCGCGGCCGUUUUUGUGAUGCACGCCUGCGGUCAGCUAAAGAUUUUGACGAAUCUGAUGAGAAAUCUUGUCGAAGAACAAUGUCAAGAAAAGCAGGAAGUAAACAGGAAGCUGGCUAUAAUGGUCGAACAUCAAAUAAGAAUUCGAAGUUUUUUGCAAUUGGUGGAAAAUACUCUACAACAAGCAUGUUUGAUAGAAUUGAUGGGAUGCACGGCGAUAGUAUGCCUUCUAGGAUAUUUUAUAAUAAUGGAAUGGGAGAAUAGCAAUGUGAUAGCUAUGUGCUCCUACUGUUCAUCACUUCUAUCCAUGAUGAUAAACAUGUUUAUGUUUUGUUAUACCGGUGAACAGCUCACCGUUCAGGCAGAGGAAGUAGCUAAAACAUCUUGCGUGCUCGAGUGGUACCAUCUUCCGAAUAAGGAGGCGCGUGGUUUUGUGUUAGUGGUUAUAAUGUCGAACUUGCCUACUAAGAUCACAGCUGGAAAAAUUAUGGAUCUAUCAUUAAAAACAUACGGUGAUGUUGUAAAAACAGCUGUGACAUAUUUUAAUAUGCUUUUAAAUGUAACCGACUAAAUAUUUCUGCUGUACAUCUUCUUGUUGGAACCACGAA